AUAAAUUGACCGGAAAUGACGAUCGUCUGUAUUGUUGCAGCCUCGAAAUUCCAAGAGAACCUAUUGAAAACGAUGAUACAGAUUGAGAACACGUUCUUCGAACUCGGCAGAACUAGUCAGAGGAAUUGUCUGAUAAUCUGCGAUCGAGGAGCCAUGGACGCUAGUGCAUUUAUAUCGAAGGAGAAAUGGGAGGCGAUACUUGCAUCUAACAACUGGAAUAAUGUCGAACUACGCGACAACAGAUACAACCACAUCAUGCAUAUGGUAUCCGCUGCUAACGGAGCUGAAGACUUCUAUUCCACGGAGGAUCAUGCUUGCCGAUCUGAAGGAGUGGAACUCGCCAGAGAGCUGGACUACAAGGCGGCCGCCGCUUGGAUCGGUCACCCGUACUUCGACGUGAUCGACAACUCGACGGACUUCGAUAAAAAGAUGAAUCGUUUGAUCGCGUGCGUCUGCCAGAAGAUCGGCAUCGAUACCGGCGACCGGCUCAACGUCAACUCGAAGAAGCGCAAGUUCCUCAUCAAGGCGCCUCUCGCUCCCGACUCUGAGUUCCCGCCCUUCCAAGACUUCGAUGUCGUUCACAACUACCUGCAGAGCGAUUUGCGUAAAGCACAGGUCCGGCUACGUAAACGCGGACAGAAGGGACACUGGUCGUACAUACACACGUUAAGGAAGUUCCACCCCACCAACGGACAGUCCGUCGAGGUCCGCACGCAACUGACGCACCGAGAUUAUUUGAAUCUGUUGCCGCAGCGCGAUGACGCUCAUCUGACCAUCUUCAAGAAGCGUCGUUGUUUCAUCUACAACAACCAGUAUUAUCAGUUGGACAUUUACAGGCAACCGACGCAUCCCAGAUGUCGCGGUUUGGUUCUCCUAGAAACCUACAGCGCUGCUUACGAUCAGACCAUUUUGCUGGCUUCAUUACCCAAGUUUCUGACCAUUGAGAAAGAAGUCACCGGAGAUCCAGCAUAUUCAAUGUACAAUCUGUCAUUGAAAGAAGAUUGGAAGACCUCGAAAAGGUACUACGCUGGCACUGAGUGCAAUGGUCACACUAAGUUGACCAACGGUCAUGGCAACCUCAAAAUUUGCCAUUCAAAGAUGAACGGUCAUAGUGAGGAGAAAAUCGGGCUCGCCUGUGACAAAAUCAACGGUUGCGAGAAAUCUGAAGUCAGGAAAACCAACGGUCAUCAUCACGUCAACGGUCACGGCGUGAAAACCGAUCGAAACGGUAUCACGAGAAACGGUAACGCCCACACCAAUGAACUGCAAGACAUCAAACAAAGAAUUGAUCUCGGGUCGCCAAAGAUUCAAAAGGUCGCCGUAAAGAUUUAAUGUGCGCGUAAUUUAUUCUUUUAGUUUUACCUAUUAUCUUAUGAAAUUCCACUAUAUAACUUUGAACUCACGAAAUUAAAUUAUUAUUUUGGAACUAAGAACGCUACUGAAAUAUAUUUAUUUUCGAAGCGUGUCGAAUACCGCGUAAUGCGCUUAUCAUGAUGAUAAACAAUUAUUUCAUAAUAUCAAUUAUUUUCAAUGCGAAAGCGACAUAAUAUAUUUGAAUACAUGGAACAUACAAUGUUCAUUUAAAAUGGGACAGAAAAUUAAAUUUUAAACAAGAUAAUGAAUUGAAUACAAAACUUGAAACACAAAUCAUAUGUAAACAAUGAUUUCGUAUUAAAUAUUUUCAAUGUCAGAGUCAAACUGUAAACCAUGUAAUAUAUUGAAUAA